GCCUCGUCCUGAUUGGGCCGCCGCUACGUCCGACGGCGUAGAACGUUUCUUGCCCUUACCUCUGGUGGUGGCGUCCGGCUGUGACAGCUACUUCCCGCUCGCCGGAGGAUUGGAUUGGCUGGGCCCGCGCAGACUCGCCGUCCGAUUGGAGCGCGUCAAGUUCCGGAAGGCGAGGAGGUGAAGCUUCCACAUGUUCGGGCUCGGAAAUUGCCAUGGCGGCGGUACCUCUGCGGGAUCGGCUGAGCUUCUUGAGCCGGGUAUAGAAGGGAGAACGCGCUGCUGAGUGGGAGUUUGGGGGCGGGGGUGCCGUGGGGAAGAGCGCCUGGGGUGCCUGUUGCUGGUGUGGUAGUUUGUCAGUGUUGCUCCAUUUAAAAUCUCUGGGUUUGGUAAUACACCUUGCCGGAGAAAGGCUCGGCAGGGAACCCUUUUCCCCUCACACCAUUAGUGAAAGGAGUUUCUUUUUCUUUUGGAAAAGGAAAAAGAGGGAGCACCCACUCAUACACCACUUGCACACCGAACUGAUGCGAUCUUUGCGAAGAGCUUCACCAGAUUAUUCUAUUGCAGUUACUGCUGGGGCUUAAGGACAAUGGUUGAGAGUUAUAGCGAUGAAAUCUUUAUACAAAAGCAUCUUCCUUUGAGGUAGAGAGCCAAAACUCCCAGGGCCAGAUUACCAAAUAGGCAGAGUAGGCACAGGCCUAGGGGCCCCAUGACUACGGAUCAAAAUGAUAUUGGUUUGAUCUUGAAAGAAAAUUACAAUCAAGCUUUCUCAGUUCAAUGUCAUCCUGGUAGAGCCAGGAGAGGGGCGAGAUUUCAACUGCCUAGGGGCCUGCACAGGGUUUAAUUCAGCACUGAAAAAUACACAUGUUCCAGGUUUGCAGUAUAUGUUUGCCUCAUGUAGGUGUCUUUGCUUUGAUAGUAAGACUAGAUUUGAUGGUUCUGAGAACUUCACAACUGCAGCAGAUGAAGUGAUUAAUGGGGGUGGAGAUGUAUAAUAAUGUAAUUGUCAUCAUCCCCAAGAAGGAUUAGUGCAUGAGUUGGUCUGGUUCCAUCCUCGUAACCGUGACUUGUGCUGGUUGUUUCUAAGCUGCUGAGUCGUCAGGGCCCCCAUGCUGUAAUAUGGUCACACAGCUUGAAAUUGGGGUGGGAGCUCUUGUAAAUCCUGUAGUUCAGGUGUUAUGGGAAAAAGAAAGCUUUAUGGAUGAAUGUUUACCUCAGUAACAAUACAAAGUCUGAUUAAAUUGACCAGUUGCUGCACCAGAAAAUUGUAUCUGGAGCAGAUACAUCAUUAGUAGUAUUAGUAUUACUUUAUAUACCACAUAUGCCAAAAUGGCUUCUAAGCAGUUUACAACUAUGAAAUCAAUUAUAAAAUCCAUACAUAAUUGGUUGUAUCCAACUACGUUCUAUUCAGUCAACCAGUUGAAAUUAAUGAACCUUGUGUUCAUUUACAGGGCUCUGAACAACUUAUAUCCAGGUUACCUUGCCUAAAGACACAAAAUAGUGUCUUUGGCAUCCUCAGUUCAGCACUAUGAAAUACUCUGCCAAUAGAGAUUAAGCAGACCUUUUCUUUACUACAAUCUGUGACUGUUGUCAAGUGGAGCUGUGGGUUUGGGGGGGGGGGAAAUACUACUUCUUAGCUGCAGCUUCAUGGAUCGAGUCAGGAGUAGCAUGCAGGGACAAAAAAUGCAAUUCUUGCCUUUUGAGAAGGCGCCGCGUUAUUUGUCUCGGUGACUUUUCUUCUUGUGUGUUUCUUUCUCUCCCCCCACCCCCCGUCCUGUUCCAGCUACCCAUUCUAAUCAAAGGUACCUCAGAUGAUGAAGUCCCAUGCCCGGGGUACCUGUUUGAAGAGAUGGCCAGUAUCCUUUGCUCUCUGAAAGAGUUGGCUCUUCAGUCUCAACUGGGGGUUCCUUUGGUUACUGUGAUGCUUGCUUUUCCUAGGAAGAGCAGAGGCUAGUGAUUAGAACAGAGGCCCAAUCUAUCUAAUGACGUGGGAGCUAAUUCAAGCAGAAGUUAGCUCAAUACAAAUUGCUUCUUUGCCUUUUGGGUGACACCUGUGAUAGCUGAUUAUUCUGGUAUGAAAAAUAAGAAACGUAGAAAACAGCAGUGUUUACUAAGCUACUCGGAUUCCUAGAACUGGGAUGGUAUGGGGUAACCUAUAGCAAUUAGGCUCGUCAGACCUCCCUAUUUGGUCCAUGAGGCCAUUUUGACCAAGCUACCUUUGAUGUCAUAUACACUGUGUCAUAUAUAGUGUGGGCCAAAGGGAAUUUUCAGACAUAGCCAGUCAGGUGAUUGUUAGCACCUGCAAAGACCUGUGCACAGCACUUUGCAAGCCCCAACUAUCAUCUGAUUGUCGGGGCUUGCAAAGUGAUGUGCUCAACAAUCAGCUGAUCGUCCAUGGAGGCAAAAAUGAGUGACCUGAUGGCAUGGAGAUAUUGGAGGAUUGAGAAGUGGACAGCCCUGCCCACCUAUCAAAUGUGGACUGCAGAGAGUGGGGUAGAUAAGGAGCCAGCCCCACUCCAGAUACAUGCACAUGCUUUCCUAUCCCUUCCCAAUACUUCACCCACACUUUAAACCCAAAGUAUAUCUCCAGCAAGUUUAAUUGUUUCAGAUCUGCAUAUAAACUUUUUUUUAAAAAGAAAAUUCCACUGUUGCUAUAUGCCAAAAACAAAUAGCAUUUCUUACUCUGCUGAAGGAGAGUACAAGUCAAAUCAUAGUGUGGCAUAAACAGCAGCUGAAACAUGGCAACUUGGGCAGGGCCUGGCACGACCUUCCAGGUGAUCCUUCACCAUCAGUCCCUUUACUUUCCUGGCUCCUUAACAUCACAAACUUCCAGAGAUCUCACAUGACUCAGCAGGAAGCAGUCACUGUCUCCUUGAGUACCUCCUCAAUCGCCUUCAGAGCAACUCGUGUAACGUCAAGUUGAAGGUAAUUGAAAGAGGGUAGAGGAAAGGGGUGAACAGAGAUGCCCUUAGUUCUUGAGACAACUCCCCUUUGCUUUGUGGAUUUCCAGCCCAGUACUCCUAAUCCCAGCUAAGCCUCCCCUCUGCAUCCUCAGGUGCUCAAGAUCCUGCUCCACAUGUGCAGUCAUGGCUCCUCAUAUUUCCUUCUGCAGCUGAAGCGGAAUGCUUCCUUCAUCCAGGAGGCCACAGGUAAGCAAGACACAGGGUUGGCUAUAUUGAUAAACAAGGAAGAGUAUCUUCCUAAUAUUCAUAUAACACUUUAAGGGCCAAACGUAAUCUAUAUUAGCUCCAUAUCUGUGCUCUUAAGUGCAGGGUUUAUUCUGAAAUCCAAUGGCCAGAGUAUGGGGCCUGACCUAGAAUAUCACAACUGAUGAUUUCUCCCCACAUUCCACUGAAUAUAGAGUUCUUAUUUACUAUUGCAUUUUACUGUUUAGGGAAGCUUUUAAUGUUUGAUGGAUUACUGUAUUUUAAUAUUUUGUUGGGAGCCGCCCAGAGUGGCUGGGGAAGCCCAGCCAGAUGGGCAGGGUAUAAAUUAUUAUUAUUAUUAUUAUUACUGAUAACUAAAGCAAAUGAUGAAAUGGACCUAUGCAACACUUUCCACAUUUCAACAAAUACCGAAAUAAAAGUGCCCAUAAAAAUGCAGAAAGAAAGUGCCCUAGAAACUCAUGUUAUGCAAGAAAACUCAUUGAGAGGUAACUGGUCCUCCAACAGCUCCCUUCUCAAGGAGUUUUCUUGCAUUACUGGAAUUUCUGGGGCAUUUUCCUUCUGCAUUUUAUGGGCAUGCACCGCAAUUGUACUGCAAUAUCUGUCCUUCAUAUAUUUUGUUUUGCCACGUAAUAUAAUGCAAGAUACUGUGGAUAAACAUGUCUUUUUUCUGUUUGGCCCAAUCCUCAAUGUUGGGAAUAUUAGCAACGUAAAGUACUGCAUAGGCGGUUUUAGUUGCUGAGAGACAGUGAAAUUAAUCAACGCAACGGUUGGUCUUGGGACUGUGCAAGGGAGUGGGCCCCAGGAAACCUGACUUGUUUAGGGCACCCAGGGAUGAGCCCCUCUUUCACACCUGCUCCUCUGCCUUGCAGUGUUUGCAGGGCCUCCUGAUCCUCUCCACGGCAACAGCUUGUAUCAGAAGGUGCGGGUGACUGCACAGGUGAGUAAAAAGUCCUGGUCACAAGAGAUCAGGGUAGGCUCUUAAAGUCCUUUCACAUGGUAGGCUUUCGGCCUGGCUUCUUCACCUGGUUGCCGCUAGCGUACUUCUUUCCUUUGCAGGACCUGGCAAGCGCUUUGUUUUCAGAUGUGUUGCUACCCCAGCCUGCUGCUAUUCCACCUAAAGAGCUGCCUUCAGCAGGUAAACCGCUUAUCCCCAGGGGAACAGAAAUCUAUUCAGGAUCCAGACUCCUCCUGAAAAGUCUUGGAUCCUUUUGCACUUAUAUAUAAAAAAAUUUAUUAGUUUUUUAACAUAUCAUUUUCAACAAUAAUUAAACAUACUUUUAUAUCUUAUACAAUUUUUUGACUUCCAUCAAUCACAUCUGAAAAUUUUCAAAUCUAUUCACUUAAUUUACAUUUCUUACUUUCACUAUUACAUUUAAAUCUCAUAACUAAUAUCUCUAUUCUUUUUCUACUUUGCAAUAUUUCAUAUAUAUUUCUCCUUACAAAACUUCUUAUAGUCCUACUAGCGUAAUUUGUUGAUUACAUUUGCUCUUCAAAUAGUUCGUAUAUUUCUUCCAAUCUUCUCUAAAUCUCUGGUCCUGCCCUGCAGGUUUCGAAUCCUUUUGCACUUUUUCAAAACAACAGUUCACUUCCGUAUUCAACAGAGCGUUUCACUUUUUGUCCUGUCUGUACAGGCUUUUCAGUGGGGAUUCAACCAGCACUGCUUCUUCCUGUUUUGCCCCCAUACUAGCUUGUAUUGACAGAGGGAGCGUGGCAGAUUGUUGGCCUCAAAAAGGACACUCUGUCCAGCUCUUCCUGCCCAGGAGGACAAGAACAACCUGCACUGUCUCUCUCAAACAUUCCAGGAGAACAGAGUGAACCACAGAUCUCGUUUUAUGGCCAAGUGAGAAUGCUGAAGCAGGGGGAGAUGCAAAAGGGGCCUUGGAACCUUCCCCUGUUCAUACUGUUUGACCUGAAACCAUUUUUUUUUAAAGUCCAGAAGGCUCAGCUAGUGCUUGCCUGUGAGCAAGAUUUUAAGGGGGGGGGGGAAUAGCACUGAUGCUUUUAUGAGGUGGUUGAGAUAAAAACUUCAGUAUGGAAUCUGGUUUUCAUGUGCAACUAUUUAAAAAGGGACCUUGUAAGCUAUGAUUGUCUGUCAUAAGGGCACACCACACCCAACCAACCCUUGCAUGUUCUGUUGGUGCGAAAGGAAAGCCGUACUCAAAACAACUUAAGACUUCCCAAGUCAAUAGGCUGUUCAUGCUGACUUCCCAUCUCACCUUGACGUGAUAUCAUAUGCAUGCUGGUAGGAAAUAAGCAUUCCACCACCAUACUGGUCUUGCUUUUCAUUUAUGCCUGUUUUAUUGCCUCUCUUCCCAGGAAUGGGCUCCAGGCCCAGCCCCCAUGGCUCACUCCAAGGCUUUGGUUUUGAAAGAAGUGGCUCCGGUAAGCAUUGGGUUUGGAAGUCUUGAGUGUUACUACUACUGUCCUUGAGGAGCACCCCCAGUUCUUGGGACAAGGUCACCAUGCUGCCUGCAUGCUGGAUCUCAGCCCCUGCUCCAAUGCUACGUGAUACCUACCAAUAGCUUUCUUCUUGGUUUCUAAGCCACUUUGAGAAUUUGCACUGUAAAGAAGGCCAACAUGGUUCAGGCAAGGGCAAUUGAGGCCCUGAAAUGAAGGUACUGAAGGGAAGGACCCAAGUCUUUUCCUGCAUGAAGCUUUCAUCUACUGGAUGGAAACAGCCAGUGGUGCCAUCUUAGGGCAGCAUUGUUCUCCUGCUCUAGAAAGAGGAACAUCAGCAACCAAACACACCCUAGUAUCUUGAAGAUCCAAGGCUGGUAUAAGUGGAGGAAGCCUCUUUCAGUAGUCUUGGACUCGUCUUCCAUUCUUGGGCUCUCUUUCCAGAAUUAAUGGCUAUGGUUUGAUGUCCUUUGGAAGGCUUCUUCCUGUGCCCUGGGGUUUUCUCAGUGUCUAUAGUGUAUAGACCCAGGGUGGCCAACAACUUUCAGAUGUUGCUUGACUGCAGCCCCCAUCAUUUCUGACCACUGGCUAUGUUGGCCGGGGCCAAUGAGAGUUGGGAGUCCAACAACAUCUGGAGGGCACCAUGUUGGCUGCUUGUGGUAUAGGCUGACAAACCACUAUGCCCUGACCUGCUAAGCAGCCUGCCUGCCUUUGUUACUGUUGCAGCAUCCACUGGCAAAGUUCUGCUGGCCACCAUCCAAAAGGCAGCGGAGGUGGUUGCCAAUGCCAUGCUCCCUGAUCAGGAGCUCCCUUGUCCCCAUGGUAGGGAGCUGAAGGAUGAUGCCUAUGAGCCAGUGACAGCACCUUUUCCAGGCAAAAGCUCCAUCUUGCCUACAAAGCCACCUUCUGUCAUUGUCCAGAAGAAGCGAGGUAAGUGCCUCUGAAUGACAGCUGCUGGGAAUCGCAGGUGGGUAGAGUGCUGCUGUUUGUGCUCAGGUCUUGCUUUUGGACUUCCUGUGAGCAUCCUGUUGGCCACUGUGAAAACAGGAAGUUGGGCUAGAAGGGCCACUGGCCCAUUCAGCAGGCUUUUCUUGUGCUCUUAUAAAGCACGGUAUAUCCUGUUUUCAAAACUUGUAUAGAAACUUUAUAGAAAGAGGAGCAAAUUUUAGGCACUUAGAGCUUCCCUGCAUUAGUGAGAUGGAAUAAAAGAAGCCACUUCUAGGGUACAACUGUCUAGUAGCUGGCGCACAGUAAUAAUUCAAGCAAAAUCCUUUUUCACGUUGCUCGUACUGGUACUGUUAAUAACAAAUUAUUAUCCCAGAUCUUGUUGUGGGGAUAGGAGGGAAGUUGACGAAUCUCAGGUUGUGGAUUGUAGUUUUAUGGCGUUGAGAUACGGUGGGAGUGGUGUGCAGAGGCCUUCCCUGAACUUAGUUUCUGAGAUGCAAUGGGCUUCAGUUCUUCCUCCAUGGCUGCUCCUCUGAAAUUCUUUUGCAGCGACCCAUCAGCCAGGGCAAGCAGGAGGUGGCUGGGAGGAGUUGGACAGUGGGCAAAGCUCCCAGAAUUCCUUGCAGGAGAACAGUGAGCUGAGUAGGACAUCGGAUUCCUACAGUAAGUCGGGCAGCGACAACCACUCCGGUGCUCUGGAGCCAGGGAGCAUUGCUGAAAGGUGAGCGAGCUGGGCAGGGCAAGGGGCUGGGAACGGGCCUGGGCCAACUGCUUGCACCUUCAAGAUGCACCCGUAAUGUGAGAAUCUCUUGUGGGGCAUGGGGGAGAAAGAACAGGCUUGUCAGCUUCCUUCUCCCCACCAUUCACAGGACAGAUGCUGAGAACCUUGGGGACUGCCUGCAGGAAGUGAGCCUUGUCAGCAAACUCACCAGAGGCUCCAAGGUGUUCCUGACACGCGAGGAGACCCAGCAUUUUAUCAAGGAGUAUGAACACCCUUUCUAACCAAGCCGUCUCUUGACCCUUCUCCUCCUCGCUUCCACCUCUUCUGCAUUACUGUAGAAGUACCCAAACACAUCGGGUAGCAUUCUCAGCAGAAGCCCUGUGCAAGGACUUUUGCUGGAGCAACAAGAUUCUUUCCUGCUCCCAUGCCCCUCUGAAAUUGGAUUUGGGGGCGGGAGGUAGCAGGAGAAACCAGUGCACAGGUGAAGGGGGUGGGAAGGACUGUUCCACCUGCCAACCUCAAUGCUUUGUGCAGAUGGAACAAUAGAAAGAAUGCGAUGUUGAAUUCCACCCAUAGCCCAGCCCCAGUCCUUGCAUGGCUAUGCAUCCAUUUUGUAUCUGGGCCCAAGCACUUGUGCACUCGAGACAAAAAAUCCAAAUGGUGCCUGUUGCAACAUUCAUUAGCAAUAGGAACAGCUGGCAGCUUGCCACUCCUUAAUGUUUUUCUUACUCCCCCCCCCCCCACCUGCCUCAUUUGUGAAGAACUGUCCAUUAGCCAUGUAAAAAAGGUGCUUUGACGCUCCUUGCUCCUCUUGGAUUAGGAGAGCAAGGAAGGUCCAGGAGAGACCAGGCCACUCUUUUUUUUCCCCUUGCCUUGCAAAACUUCUCCCUGCUCUUCUCCUUUUUUUUUUUGGUUUGGCUGUUGGGCUCAGCACUGUCCCUCUCCAUAGGUGUGGGCUGCUGAACUGCGAGGUGGUCUUGGCUAUCCUCAACCGAACCCUGAAGGACCCCAGUGAGUGUGUUUGCAUGGUGAGUCUCCUGGAAAAGCAAUUGUGGAGGGAAAAACAGUCUGGAUUACUUCCAACUCAGAGCUGAAAUAGCUGUUGGGAAAUGGAACUCUUUGGCCACAUGGGGGGGGGGGCUGGCUGCAAUCUCAUUGAGGGUUGGAGCCUAGGACUAAUAUUUUUUUUCUUGCCACAUAAGGGUGGGCUGUGGAGCAAGAGCAGCUUCUGUUUGUUUCUUUCCAGUGAAGCAGCAUAUUAUGAGAGGCCCGAAUGAGUGCUGAUGUUCAAGCUGGACCCAGUGUGCAAGCCCAGGGUCUUCUUAACCCUGCUGCUUUCCUUUCCCCCCACAGAGAGCCAUGUGUGCCAUCUAUUCCCUCAUGUGCUCCGACUUGCUCUCCCAUGAUCAGAUAUUGGCCAUUACUCAGCAGCACUUGCAAGAGCUCAGUCAAGAGAGCCCUGGGCCUGUAGCCAACAAAGCAACAAAGGUAACUCCUGCUUAUGUUUCCACCUUUUGUGUAUUGAAAUCCUCAAGGGGCGCCCCAUCAGUCCCACCCUGGCGAGGGAUAACUGUAGGCCAAUGGUUUUCUACCAGUGUGCCGUGACACCCUGGGGUGUCUUGAAUGAUAGUCCUUGGUACCACGGGCAACAAUGGCCUCUGUCCCUCUCGCCUCUGAUGCCCUCUUGUGUCUGCCUCCCAAAGGCUUGCACACCUGUUUGUUGCAGCAGCCCUGGCUACAACCUCCCCAGGCUCUUCGUUGUUUUGCUGGGCUUGUUCCUUCUGCACACAGGGCAUGAUUGUGUGGGUGGACAUAAAGUGGCUGGUUCUGUAUGUAGCUUAUUUACUGCUCCAUUUCACUUGUUUCAGUAGACCAAGACUGGAAUAUCUCCCUUCGUACUGCCUCUGGUGCACUCUGGGAGACUUUUGCCUGCUUUUUGGCAGUGCACGUAACCUAAUUUAGGUUCUACAGCUUGUGCAUUGUGGCUUUAAUGGAGAUGAUACAAUCAUCUGCCUAGAGAAAUCUGACCUAGCCACUGUUGUGCAUGCCUUGGUUACAUCCCUAUUAGAUACUGUGCUGUGCUGUAUGCGGGGCUGCCCUUUAGGGUAGUUUGGAAACUACAACUACUGCAGAGCAUGGCUGCUAGAACAUCUGAGGCAGUUGGGUGCUGGAUCACAGAAUCAAAGAAUUGUAGAGUUGCAAGGGACCCUGAGUUGUAGUCCAACUCCCUGCAAGGCAGGAAUAUGCAGCUGUCCCAUAUGGGGAAUGAACCUUCAACCUUGACAUGUUGCUGCUUAUCUUCUUCCAUUGGUUACAUAUCUAUUCAUUUCAGGUGCUAACAUUUGGUGCUGGUUUUGCCCUUUAAAAAGUAGCCCUAAAUAGUUUGAGACAAUGCUAGCUGAAAGUUUACCUACAGCGGCAUGAGCUUGCCUAAGCAUUGAGAUCAGUGUCUGAGACUCUGCUGUUGAGAGCUGUUAGGCUGGUGGGUCCGGGAGGUUAGACUUCCUCUGUGGUAGCCCCAUACUUUUAGAACAUAUGAUGUCAUUGCUGCUGAUCUCGCUCUUUUUUUUAAGAAAACACUCUAAAACACAUUUCUUCAGGUCUGCAUUUGGCUGAAUUGGCACUGUACUUGAAAAAAAUAUUUCACUGGCUUUCUUUUGGGUUUGGGUUUUUCCCCCACAUGCUUUGGAUCCUUAUGAGGUGCCUGGGGAGGUCUGUGUGCCCUGAAAGGAGACUUAAAAUAGUUUAGAUAAAUGUCCUUGCUAUAGUAGUUCUUCAAGAUUGCCUGAGAAAAAGGCAUCGAAGAGUCAGUGGGAGAACCCAGUAGUUUCUGCCCAAAGUUGAUAGCGUUGUUGAAACUAAGACCUGAUCUCUGCCUGGAGGGAAGCACUAGGCCCCUCACAGUAAUCCAGUGGUGGUGAACCUCAGGCCCAGGUUCCAGACACAGCCCUCCAAGCCUCUGUACCCAAACCUCUGUACCGAAACCCAGCCAUACCCUUCACUAGCCCUGCUCCAUGGUCUCCUGGAAUGCUGUUGCCUGGCUGAAUUGUGCCCUUGAACUGGGAUGAUAACCUUUUGCUUGCUUGGAUGGAGGAAGGUAGAUGUGGUGGCUGGUGUGUCACAACCUCUGAGUACUUUCAUUGUACAAAGGCGAGAAUUGCAUCAAUUGCUCCACCAACCUUUCGCCUCUGGCCAUCCCCACCAUUGGUUUGUGGCCCCUGGAAGGCUGCCCUGCCCAUGUGGCAAUGCAGCCCUUGGCCUGGAAAAGGUCCCCAAUGCCCUGCAUUAGUCACUCUGAGCUUUGCAAGGAAGAGCAAGCUAUACAAACAGAAACUCAAGAAAGCAGACCCUUGAGCACAGUAAAAGUGAAUGCAGCAAGGAGGGGUGGAAGUGUUUUCACUAGCCUAGGAUGGAGUUGCUGUUGGUCCUCUGCCUGUUGUUAGGCUCUCUUGCUCUCUCUUUUUCUUGCGGUGGGUAGAUUCCUCCUUUCCCUGCUUCUGCUGCUAUUCUUCUCAUACUUGGCACACUCCCUCUUUCUCUUCUGCCCCACUUUCAACAGAUCUUGCGUCAAUUUGAAGCACUCAGCAGGAGCCAUCCCACUUCCAAGAUCUCUUCUCCGGUUCCCGGCCACUGUGCCCCUGCCAGGACCACAUCCAAGCAUCCUGAUGACUUACUGGCGGAUACAAUGCCAUUUGCAGAAGAGGCUAUCCUCAAACCCCUGAGUCUCGCGCCACAGCCCUCCCAAGCACCUGAAGUCCUCACCAGGGCUGUGCAUCCAUCAGAAGAGCAGAUGCUGGAAGCUGGGUCCUCUGGCCAACUUGGAAUUAGCCAACCACCUGAGCUUGGCCAGCGAGGGCCAGAAUGCAGACUCCCAAACCCUGAAUCCCAAGAGGACAGGCCUCCAAGAGGUGAUCCAGAUGGCACAGUUUCCUUGUUUGCCGGCAUGGAGCUGGUCGCACCCUCAGGCAUGGUAUUAGCAGAUGCUCUGGAGCAGGAAUGUAUACCUCUAGCUUCCUGGACAGCACCUUGCACUGGGAGCACCAGAGCCACUGAGGAUAACCAGGGACCGUCUGCUUUCUCCUUCCUCAAUGCAUAGCAGUUCCCUUUGGGCUAUGGGACAGCUUGAGAUAGCACCAAAUGGAUGCGUUUUUCUAGCUCUCUCUGAACUGUUACACACCUGCCUAUAGCCAGAGGAUGCUUUUCUCUUAUGUUGCUGUUCUUCAUUACCGAAAGAGGGGAAGAGGCAACAUCCCUCGCUACACCUCUUAUUUCUGCUGGGUCAUUGCAAGCAUGAAGGAAGACAUGAAUGUUCAACACUGCCUUUUUAAUUUUAUUGUUUUCCAUGUUUCUUAUUGAACAACAAAAGCACAAUCCAACAUCCACAAUAUAGUCUGUUUUCAUAUACCUGAUGGCUGCAGAAGUGACCGAAAUACCCCCUUUACUCUUCCCUUUUCAAUUUAAAAUCCAUUUCCACUUUUAUGUUGUUGUUUUCCUACGUCCUCUGCUUGUUACCUUGGUAUUCUGACCAUAAGAAAUGAGGCAGCCUUAAAGAACACUGGCAAACACUAAGGUGCUUCUGAUUCUGUCGUGCCAAUAAUUGAAGGAGAGCUAAUGGUGAGGUCAUUUUCAUAGUCAACAACUCCAGCUAUCCUUAAACCUCAGUCCAGGCUUACUCUACAGCAGUCUCCAGUCCUACUGUGGACUGGGGGCUUUCUGUACUGCCUGGUUCUGCUGACGCUUGAAAUUGAGCUAACCCUUAUAGCAAAAUCUACUCUUUCUCCCCACUCUUUCUUAUGGGUCCAGGCAGGCAGAUUGUAGCAGAGUUGCUGUCAAGCUCUGUACGUGAGUGGGGCUUUGAACAUACAAACCACCAGGAUAUUAGAAGUGGUACAGCUGCCAUUGCUUACCAGCACACUCCAUUCAUUAAAUCUUGUAGCACUGAGCCUCCUGCAAUGCUUCAAUCAGAACAGAGAAACUUUCUGUUGGGAUUAUUUAUUAAUAAACAAGUAGAAAACAACAUAAUGCCCCAAUGUAAAUCAAUGGAGGUGUCUAUUCCUAGAGUGCUGUAUUCAGUUCCUCUCUGCACCCUUUUACCUGCUUCACGGGUACUUGGUCCAGGAAAUACUAUACACUACAUCAGGCACUUCACCACAGCUGUGCCGUAACCAGAUCUGCUUCCAAGUGGUGACGGUUCUGUGGUUAGGCCAUGGGAGGGGAGUAUACUCCGCACUUUCAUAUAUGCCAGA